AUGGCGCAGGACAAGCCGGACACGAGCGAGGCGCAGGAUAUAGAAGGAAGACCGGGAUACAAGAAGCUGGCAAAUGGCAUAAUACUCGGUCCAGAUGGCAAGCCAUGUCGCACCUGCAACGACGUAGCCUCUCUAUUUGCCAUGUCGGGCAAACUACCCAAGAAGCGCGCGCAACCCACGGCGACGGCGACGGCGACGGCUGAAACCACCCCCACGCUGCCUGCAGACUGCCCGCCCGACGUCGAAGCACUCGGACGCUCGUCGUGGACGCUCCUCCACUCGAUAACCGCCACAUACCCGAUUAAUCCGUCGCCCCAACUCCAGGCCGAAACCAAGUCGUUUCUCUCCACCUUUGGCAAACUAUACCCUUGCUGGGUGUGCGCCGAAGAUUUCCAGAAGUGGAUGCAGAAGAAUACGCCCAGAGUGAGCAACCGCAGCGAGUUUGGCGAGUGGAUGUGCGAAGCGCACAAUGCUGUCAAUGAAAAGUUGGGCAAGCAAACGUUUGAUUGCAAGAGGUGGGAAGAGAGGUGGAGGACAGGAUGGAAGGAUGGAAGGUGUGAUUUUUGA